AUGAGCUUCAAUAGAGGCUCACAAGCUCUCAAAGAUGUCGAAAUAAAACAUCAUGAGCAAGUGGAGAGUGAGAGGCCUACAAAGCGAUUGAAGGGACUCUUAGAGGAAGAUGAUAUCUCCGACGAGGAAGACAGUGUGUCCAAAAAUGAUAGAAGGUUGUCUGUGCGGAAUGACGAAUCAGAGACAGGUGGUCACGGCUUCAAGGUAAACCAUGAGUUUGCCAGACGCUUUGAGCACAAUAAGAAAAGAGAGGAGCUUCACAAGCUCCAAGAAAAAUACGGCAACGACGUAUCUACGGUAACUAGGCGUAGCGCGGGGCCAAAUGAGGACGACGAUGACGGUACAGGAUCUUCUACAGACUCAGAGGAGGAGGAUGACGAGGGUGUUCUGGCAUCCGAGGCUCUUGAUAAGCAAAUACAGGAAACUCUUGAGGCGAUCCGGAGGAAGGAUCCUCGCGUCUACGAUGAGAAAGCGAAAUUCUUUACGGACCUAGAUGACGAGGCUCAAGACAGCAAAGGCCUCAAAACGAAACAUGAAAAGCCUAUGUAUCUUAACGACUAUCACCGAAGAAACAUACUUGAAGUUUCUGCGUCCCCCAAAAUUCAGGACGAUGAACCCAUAAGUUAUGCACAGCAGCAAGACGAUCUCAAAAAUUUCAUAGUGAAGGAAAUGCAUGCCGCGGCUAAUAGUGAAAUUGACUCUGGGGAGGAUAAGGGUGGUGACGACGACUUUUUGGUCCGGAAGCCUUCUGCAUCACAGAAAGAGAGUCAAACCAUUCGAUCGAAGAUUAAGAAGCCGGAGGUGGACCUCGAGGCCGCCGACAAGGACCCGGAAACUUUCUUAUCCAAUUACAUGUCCGCGAGAGCAUGGGUCCCCGCGGCCGGGACCAAGUUUCAGCCAUUCGAGUCUGAUGAUGAGGAAGAGGAUCGUCGAGCGGAGCUCUUCGAGGAGGCGUAUAAUUUGCGCUUCGAAGAUCCGCAAGCCUCCCAUGAAAAGCUCCUCUCUCAUGCGAGAGACGCCGCAGCAAAAUAUUCCGUGCGGAAAGAACCCACAAAUCCUAGAAAGAAGGCACGUGAAGCUGAACAAAUGAAGAAAGAGGCAGCAAGGCAGGCUCGUGAUGAAGAAAAGGCCCGUUACCGAAAGCUGAAGGUUUCUGAAGUCGAAGAAAAGAUUCGAAAAAUUAAAGAUGCUGCAGGCUUGCGGGGCAAGUCAAUCCAGGAGCAGGAUUGGCCCGCUUUCCUUGACGACGGCUGGGAUGACGAACGAUGGGAGCAAGAGAUGCGAAAACGUUUCGGCGACGACUACUACGCCGAUCAUGAUAUAGAUGACAGCAGUGAGGUGAAAGGGAAGAGUCAACGAAAGAUCACGAAGCCCAAAUGGGAGGACGACAUAGAAAUUGAUGAUCUCGUACCUGACUUUGAUGCAGCAGAACACGAAAAGCCCCAAUUCUCCAUGACAGAUGAUGAGUCCUCUGCUGGUGGAGCCACGAUCGCAAAUGAUGGGAGCAGCGACUCGGAGUCAGUCUCGAAACCAGAAUCGAAGCCAAAGCCCAGCAAGAGACGCGAAAGGGACGAGCACAAAAAGGAGGCCCGGCUCGAACGCCGCAAGAUUGAACAGCUUGUUGACGAAUCCAUAAAGGUGGACGAAACCCUAUCCAAUUUCAGCAAGAAGCAUGCAGGUCAUUUCCGCUACAGAGAAACUUCACCAAUAGCAUAUGGUCUUACGCCACACGAUAUAUUGAUGGCCUCGGACAGUCAGCUUAAUCAAUACGCAGGACUCAAAAAGAUGGCUGCGUUCAGAGACUCGGACAAGAAAAAGAAGGAUAAGAAGCGGCUAGGAAAAAAGGCAAGGCUACGGCAGUGGAGAAAGGAGACCUUUGGCAACGAGCAGGGACCACAAAAGACGCUUGCUGAGGUGCUCGCUGGUCAGGACUUGGCAGAUCACAAAUCGAAGCUUAAAGCCGCCAAUAGGACUGAUAUCAAGGAAGGGAAGAAAAAGACACGCUCAAGGAAGAGCAAGCCAUCCAGCACUUGA